AUGGAUCCUCUUGAAGAAUUGUGUGAAGUGAAUCAACGUUUUUUCUCCAUACCAACCCACAUACUAAAAUGCAGAGCCCAACAGCCUUCAAAAACGGUAGAAAUAUUGGCAAUCAUAAUUUCUGCGUUGUGCCAAGACCUUGCAUUGGACCUAAUAGGCAAUAUCAACCAAAUGCAACCUAUUCAGACCCAAUGCCGCAGCACUUCCAACCGAACACAUGCUUCAUGCCUGCUUCAGCCAUCCGUAGAAGGAGCAGCUCAGGACUUCAUAGCCAAGCUCUCAAGUAUUAAACGGGUGUCGCUAAGUAACCGCUUAUUGAAUCUCGGAUUUAGAAAUCAUGUAGGAUAUCGUUUACUAUAA